AUGUUUCCGCGACGCCGACCGGGAUCUCGAUCCUCUGCCUGCGAACUCGGACCCAUCAGCGUCGAGCCAACGAUACCACAAACAAUCCCAGAAACUCAUCAGAUUGAACAUGCCCUAGGCUUCACCGAUAUAUACGGGUCAUUGACACCCCGUCAAAUCAGCAUCAUCACUAUUGGAUCUGCAAUUGGAACGGGCUUGAUGGUAGGUACUGGAAGAGCAUUGUCUAUGAGCGGCCCGGCAGCUAUUAUAAUCUCCUACACCAUCGUCGGACUCGCCGUUUACCUCGUCCUUUCUGCCUUGGGUGAGGUGGGCUCUUGGUUACCAAAACCGUAUACCGUUGCAGACCAAGCCGUUCGAUUCUGUCAUCCUGCACUUGGAUUCAGCUUGGGCUGGAUAUUUUGGCUGAAAUAUGCUGUUGUCACACCGAAUCAGCUCACAGCUGCAGCGCUGGUAGUCUCUUAUUGGGUGAGUGCGGAGCGAGUCAACCCCGGUAUCUGGAUUACGGUUUUCCUUUCUGUCAUUGUGAUUCUCAACUUCAUCAAUCAUCGCCUCCCGAGCAGAAUUGAGUUCUAUGUCUCUUCCUUCAAGCUUGUCGUCAUGCUAGGACUCAUGAUACUUUCCACUGUCAUUGCUCUGGGAGGGGGGCCAGAUCAAGACCGAAAAGGGUUUCGAUAUUGGUCGUACCAUGGUGCUUUCGGCCCUCACCACCAUCAUCACGCGUUGCUAGAGAAGUUCUACAUAACCUGCUCGACGAUGUCAUCUGCUACGUUUGCGUACAUCGGAAGCGAGCGGGCUGGCAUGACUCACUUCCCGAACGUUCGUAAAGCUACCUCGAGGGCCAUCCAGAAUACUUUCUAUCGAAUCAUGGUUUUCCAUCUUCUAGCAAUCACCCUUCUCGGCAUGAUUGUCCCCCAGGACUCGGUGUCUGUGGCAUUUUCUAGCGACGCCAAUCACGAGGCUGCCGCAUCGGCAUUCGUUGCUGCUCUGUAUCUGGCAGGCAUCUCCGUGCUACCGGACAUGUUGAAUGCAUUCAUACUGUUAUUCGUCCUGUCAAUCGCAGACUACGAUCUCUAUCUGGCGACCAAGGCAAUGUGCGACCUCGCAGUGAAGCGCCGGGCUCCUGCUUUCCUAUCACGCACUACCCGAAGAGGCGUCCCGAUCUACGCUUUGGCGGUAUGCUCGUCAACUGCAACAUUGGCGUAUCUUAACGUCCGCCAAGACUCAACUGUUGUCUUUGGAUACUUCGUGGACAUGGUCACCAUGCUCGGGCUUCUGACAUGGAUUUCCAUUCUCAUCACCCACAUAUCUUUUGUGCGAGCGCGAAAGGCUCAAGGUAUUCCCGACAAAGCUCUAGCCUUUAGAGCUCGCUUCGGUCUGCCUGGAACGUGUUUGGCUCUCAUUCUCUGCUUGUUCAUCUCUGUCGCCAUUGUCUUUGACUCCUUCAGCUUCGAUUCGGGCGUUCGGACAUUCGACGUCAAAUCUUUUAUUGCCUCGUACAUCAGUAUUCCUGUCUACAUCAUCUUGAUGGUUGGCUACAAGCUCGCUGUUCAUAGUAAACACGUUGACCCCAAGGAGGCUGACCUAUGGACAGAUAAGAUUGAGCCGGAGAUUGAGAGAGGGGGGGGCCCUAGCUGA